CGCGCAUGCUCCGGCCCGGGUCUCGGGGUGUCAUGGCGGCGGUGCAGGGGUGGGAGGCGCGCACGCUGUUCACGGAGGGGGUCCGGAGCGCGCUCGGGGCCUGGCCGGCCCUGCAGGUUGCCGUUGAGAAUGGAUUCGGUGGUGCUGACAGCCAGCAGAAGGCAGCCUGGAUGGUCACUGCUGUGGCUGAGUAUUUCCAUGACAACGUAAAUCUAGAACCCGAGGAGGUGGAAGAUCUCCUGGCCGACCUGCUCUACAAUGAGUUUGAUACUGCUGUCGAAGACGGGAGUUUGUCUGAGGUAGCGCAGCAGCUCCACACCCUGUCCACCCUGUGCUGCAGGGGUCAGGAAGCGGAGGUCAGGGGUCACAUCCUGCAGCUGACCCAGAGGAAGGACCGUGUCAGGGUGAAUGCAGUCUGUGAUGGGAGCCCUGGCCAGGACGAGGAGGACGACGAAGAGGAGGAGGAGGAGGAGGAGGGCGAUGGCUGCGCUGAGGCCAUGGAGUGCGAGAGCCGGGAGACGGCGAGCGAUCCCACCCUCCCCGGCACACCGGCAGCAGCCCACCGGGAGGAGCAGGCUGACGGCUGGACAGUGGUACGCCGGAAAAGGAGGUAGCGGGAGGAGGCGGCCAGCCCCUUUUAUCCCCGAUUCCCAGCCAUUGCCGGCACGGAACCCCACCUCCCCAGCCGCUGGAUAACCAGGAAGAAGCCGGCAGUGCCUGGGAAUCCGAGAGGAGGAAGUCUCCGUCCCGUGCAGCCUCCUGCGGAGGUGAUCGUUCAGCUUCUCUCGACCCUGCUCCCUGUCCCGUCCCCAUUUCAACAGACACCCGCUCGCUCACUCUACCCACUGCAGGACCCCUGCGUGGCUGGGACCCCCGCACACUCAGAGCUCCGCCGUCCUGACCCACAGCGCGAUAGAGCGAGCUCCAUGCCCUGUCCCGUGCCUCCUAGGUCCUGACGUUUCAAGGGAUACUCACUCACUCACUCCCUCCCUGCGUGUCUGGGACCCCCGCACAGUCAGAGCUCCGCUGUCCUGACCCACAGCUGCUGCAGCGCGAUAGAGCGAGCCCCAUGCCUCCUAGGUCCUGACAUUUCGAGGGACACUCCCUCCCUCCCUGCGUGGCUGGGACCCCCGCACACUCAGAGCUCCGCUAUCCUGACCCACAGCACGAUAGAGCGAGCCCCUUACCCCACGCUCUGGAGGGGGUGAAGAUGGACUGAAUGCAGUUGGGCCCCACCCUGGUGCUACGCCGUGGGAGUGUGGGGGAACGGUGUAAAUCCGAAAGGCCCUGCUGUAGUCAUGGGGGCCUGGUUUCAUUCAGAGCCCCGGUGCGAGUUGGUGUCAUCGGGGAGGUAGUUCCCACUCAGCGCCCACCACCAGCCCUGGUGCCAGUGCGUCCCACUCACCCCCUGGAUUCAGCUCGAGAGAUCUGUGGCGGUUCGGUCCAUCGCCUGGGUAUCAGCAGCCCACAAAGACACACCAGCGUUGAUCUGUGACAGGAGAGUGGCCUCCGCUUUGGGAAGGGAGCACUGGUAUCAGCGGAGGAGGCUGUUCAGCCCAUCGGCAGGGUGCAGCUCAGGAGAGAGCCGUCUGGUCUGGGUGCACUCCCACCCUGUUCUCAUCGAGGAGCCUGGAUGGGGGGGGGUUCCAUUUGUCUCUGUCUCUCUGUCUCUGUCUCUUUGUCUCUCUCUCUGUCUCUCUCUCUGUCUCUCUCUCUGUCUCUCUCUCUCUCUCUCUCUCUCUCUCUCUGUCUCUCUGUCUCUGUCUCUGUCUCUGUCUCUGUCUCUGUCUCUCUCUCUCUCUCUCUCUCUACACUAACGGAAUCACCCACAAACAUUGACAGCAGGAAGAUAAUGGAGACUGUGUCAGGGCGGCCUGUGUCCGUCAGUCCUGGCUGACCCCAGGGUCAAACCCUCCCUCCAUGAUGUCCCGGGUCUCCAUGACGGGCAGCCUGGCCAGGUCAAGCCAACGUAACACCACCCGCCCCCCCCCUCUACCGUCUGUCUCUCUCGCUCUGUCUCUCUCUCUCUGUCUGCCCCUGUUUUCUCUGUCUGUCUCUCUCUUCCCCCUGUCUCCCCCUCCCUCUCUCCCCCCAUCUCCCUCUCUCUCGCCCCCCCCAUCUCCCUCUCUCUCGCCCCCCCGGC